AUGGUGUUCCUAAUCGUCUUCCUGGUGCUGUGUGGUGUGACCUUCCUAGUCGGGGUGCCCUUGAAUGGCUACAUCCUCUUCGUCGCUGGGUGCUGUUUGGAGAGAACGGUCAGUGCCGUGUGGUUCUGGAACCGGGCCCUGGCUGAUUUCAUCUUCAUCAUCUUCCUGCCCCUCAGAUUCAUUUCCAUCUUCAUCCUUGACUUUGACUGUACCUGGAAGCUGAUCAGCACCGUCACCUCCCUCCACAUGUUCUCCAGCACCUUUAUCCUCACAGCCCUCAGUGUUGAUCGCUGCAUCCUUGUGGCGCGCCCUGAGUGGGCCUGGAACUGCUGCACGCCUGCCCUGGCUUUCAGGGUGAUUAUAGGCUUGUGGGCCCUGUCUAUUGGGUUGAGCUUGAGUUACGGUGAUCUCUCAGACUACCUGCUCUCACCUCCCAUUAUCAGCAUGAAUUUCCAUCCAGAUGCAGGGAGGGUGAAGGCUGCAGUUGUGAUCCAGUUCCUGGUCGGGUUUCUGAUCCCAUUAGCCUUGAUCUUAAUCCCAACCUUCUACAUCGUUCUAGCUGCCAAACUGAGAAGGAACAGGCUGAUCCAGUCCACCAAGCCACUCGAGAUCCUUCUUGGCUUGAUCCCGACCUUUUUCCUCUGCUGGCUGCCACAUCACGUCUUCUCCUUCCUGCAGAUCACAGAUAUAUACCCUCUGCCUCUUCUGCAAAUAGGAAGCGCUUUUGCUUGUGUCCUGACAUAUUUCAGUAGCUGCCUCAACCCCAUCUUCUACCUCACCAUGGAAGAAGAGUUUCUGAGGUACCGGCAACGUGCACGCAACCCCCAAACCACUGACAACUCGGGGCCGGACCUGGAGUCCAGUCCGUUAAUGCUUCUCAUGGCUCUUCUCUGA